CCAAAGAGAAGGGGGCCUUUAAUAGGCUCGCCCAGCGCCCGGUUAGUGGCGCUACGAGUGGCUGCGGUUCGGAGAAGCAGUCCGGCACCUCCCUCUAGUUCUCGGCUGCAGAUCUUCGUCCUUACACUUGACAGCGAUUGCACUUAAGUUCCCGGGGCGCGCUUUGCUUGGGAAGGCACAGGUAGGAGGCGCGGGCUGACGGGCGCACGCUCACCGCUCUGGGAGGAGUCGUCCUGGCCUUGCUCUCCUUUCUGGGAGCUGCGGGCUGCCGGAGCGUUGGUGGUUCCGGUGCGCGGUCUGCACAGAGACCGUGCGGGCAGCUGCUCCGAUAGCACGGUUGUGUGCUGCCUGGAGCCAUGCUUCUGCUGGGCAUCCUAACCCUGGCUCUCGCCGGGGGACCCGUUGGCGGCUCAGAGCCAGAGCGGGAGGUUGUCGUGCCCAUCCGAUUGGACCCGGACAUCAACGGCCGCCAAUACUACCGACAGGGUCCUGAAGACCACGGGGAUCAGGGGCUAAUUUAUCAGAUUACAGCGUUUCAGGAGGACUUUUACCUACACCUGACACCAGAUGCUCAGUUCCUGGCGCCCGCCUUCGCCACUGAGCAUCUGGGUGUCCCCCUCCAGGGGUUCACCGGGAGCUCCCCAGACCUGCGACGUUGCUUUUACUCUGGGGACGUGAACGCCGAGCCGGAUUCUUUCGCUGCUGUGAGCCUGUGCGGGGGGCUACGCGGAGCCUUCGGUUACCGAGGCGCUGAGUAUGUCAUUAGCCCGCUGCCCAAUGCCAGCGCGUCCGCGGGGCAGCGCAACAGCCAGGGCGCACACCUUCUCCAGCGCCGGGGCGCCCCUGGCGGGCCUGCCGGAGAUCCCACCUCUCGCUGCGGGGUGGCUUCAGGCUGGAACCCAGCCAUUCUGCGGGCUCUGGACCCUUACAAGCCUCGGCGGACUGGUUUGGGGGAGAGUCGCAACAGGCGCAGGUCUGGGCGCGCCAAGCGCUUCGUGUCUAUCCCGCGGUACGUGGAGACACUGGUAGUGGCGGACGAGUCAAUGGUCAAGUUCCAUGGCGUGGACUUGGAGCAUUAUCUCCUGACGCUGUUGGCCACUGCGGCGCGACUCUACCGCCAUCCCAGCAUUCUUAACCCCAUCAGCAUCGUCGUAGUCAAGGUGAUGCUACUCGGAGACCGUGACUCAGGGCCCAAGAUCACCGGCAACGCGGCCUUGACGCUGCGCAACUUCUGUGCCUGGCAGAAGAAACUGAACAAAGUGAGUGACAAGCACGCUGAGUACUGGGACACCGCCAUCCUUUUCACCAGGCAGGACCUGUGUGGAGCCACCACCUGUGACACAUUGGGCAUGGCUGACGUGGGCACUAUGUGCGACCCCAAGAGAAGUUGCUCUGUGAUUGAGGAUGAUGGGCUCCCAUCAGCCUUCACCACUGCCCAUGAGCUGGGUCAUGUGUUCAACAUGCCCCAUGACAACGUGAAAGUGUGUGAGGAGGUGUUUGGGAAGCUCCAAGCCAACCACAUGAUGUCCCCAACGCUCAUCCAGAUCGACCGCACCAACCCCUGGUCAGCCUGCAGCGCGGCCAUCAUCACCGACUUUCUGGACAGUGGGCAUGGAGACUGCCUCCUGGACCAACCCAGCAAACCCGUCGCCCUGCCCGAGGACCUGCCGGGUACCAGCUACACCCUGAGCCAGCAGUGUGAGCUGGCCUUUGGCGUGGGCUCUAAGCCCUGUCCCUACAUGCAGUACUGCACCAAACUGUGGUGCACCGGCAAGGCAAAGGGGCAGAUGGUGUGCCAGACACGCCACUUCCCCUGGGCCGAUGGCACCAGCUGCAGCGAGGGCAAGUUCUGCCUCAAGGGGACCUGUGUGGAGAGACACAACCUCAAUAAGUACAAGGUGGAUGGCUCCUGGGCCAGAUGGGAGCCCUACGGCCUGUGCUCUCGCACCUGCGGCGGGGGCGUGCAGCUGGCCCGGAGGCAGUGCAGCAGCCCCACCCCGGCCAACGGGGGCAAGUACUGCGAGGGAGUGAGGGUGAAAUACCGAUCUUGCAACCUGGAGCCCUGCCCCAGCUCAGCCUCUGGCAAGAGCUUCCGGGAGGAACAAUGUGAGGCCUUCAAUGGCUACAACCACAGCACCAACCGGCUCACCCUCACUGUGGCCUGGGUGCCCAAGUACUCAGGGGUGUCUCCCCAGGACAAGUGCAAGCUCAUCUGCCGUGCCAACGGCACCGGCUACUUCUAUGUGCUGGCACCCAAGGUGGUGGACGGUACGCUGUGUACCCCUGACUCAACCUCAGUCUGCGUCCAGGGCAAGUGCAUCAAGGCUGGCUGUGAUGGGAAGCUGGGCUCCAAGAGGAAGUUCGACAAAUGUGGGGUGUGUGGGGGAGACAAUAAGAGCUGCAAGAAGGUGAUGGGACUCUUCACCAAGCCCAUGCACGGUUACAACUUUGUUGUGGCCAUCCCUGCCGGCGCCUCAAGCAUCGACAUCCGCCAGCGGGGCUACAAGGGGCUCGUUGGCGAUGACAACUACCUGGCCCUGAAGAACAGCCACGGCAAGUACCUGCUCAAUGGGCACUUUGUGGUGUCACCCAUGGAGCGGGACCUGGUGGUGAAGGGCAGCGUGCUGCGCUACAGUGGCACGGGCAUGGCGGUGGAGAGCCUGCAGGCGUCCCGGCCCAUCCUGGAGCCCCUGACCGUGGAGGUCCUCUCUGUGGGGAAGAUGACGCCCCCGCGGGUCCGAUAUUCCUUCUACCUGCCCAAAGAGCCUCGGGAGGACAAGUCCUCCCACCCCAAGGACCCCCGGGGCCCCCCUGUGCUCCACAACAGUGUCCUCAGCAUCUCUAAUCAAGUGGAACCGCCAGAGGACAGGCCCACAGUGCGCUGGGUGGCGGGCAGCUGGGGGCCAUGCUCCUUGAGCUGUGGCAGUGGCCUGCAGAAGCGGGCGGUGGUCUGCCGUGGCGCCCUGGGGCAGCGCACAGUGUCUGCCUGCAACACGACCCAUCGGCCGGUGGAGACACGCACCUGUGGGGACCCCUGCCCCACCUGGGAGCUUGGGACCUGGUCACCCUGCUCUAAGAGCUGUGGCAGGGGAUUUAAGAGACGUCCGCUCAAGUGUUUGGGCCACGGAGGGCGGCUGCUGGCCCGGGACCAGUGCAACCUGCGUCAGAAGCCCCAAGAACUGGACUUCUGCAUCUUGAGGCCAUGCUGAAUAGGACCAUCCCUUUCUCCUCCUCACUGUCCGCCCCAUGGGUGCUGCCAGUGCUCUGGCCAGCUGGAGCGGUGGGCACAGGGCAGUGGCCAGGGGCCCAUGCCACUAUGUCACCACAUCCAGGGACUAGGAUCAUGGGUGGGAGCGAGCAGUUCCCUCCUCCUCCCUGGCCUGGGCGGGGAGCUAAGUCACUAAUGCACAGUCUACCUCACACCUGGCUCCUCUGGGGCCCAGUCUCGGGGAGAGGCUGAGAGGUGCGGGUGCUGGGCAAGAAGGUGCUGGGGUUCAGUUGCCAAGAGACCUGGAGGAUGGGCACUCCCAGGCAGAACUUCAGGGACCUUGGCCCCCGUAAGGGAGGCCAUAGGCUGCUGGAAGAGCCAUGGCCCAGCAGCUGGGCACCCUUUUGUGGCCCCAGGGGCUCUGAGCCAUCUCUGAACAAGGUGCUUUUAGCCCACAUUCCCUUUCUGACUGACAUGGACUGAACAAUAAAAAUGGGCUGGGAGUGAGCAGGAACUGAGGGGAGAGUGGGGCGAGGUAGGCCUGUGGCUUGGGCCAGUCUCCUUGGGAAGAGCUGGAUGCCUUGGGGGAGUCCUGAGGUUCCUCAUCUUCCUUCUACCCUUGGCCCCCCAUUAUAGAGACACCACUUCUCUCCAUGUCACCCAGGACACCAGACUAGUGGGAGGGCUUUCACAUAGAUGUGCUCUGAGGCUUUGCAGGUAGAGCUAGGAAGUCAAUAGGGAGCCUGUUGUUUUCUUUAAGAGGGAUCCGACCAUUCAAAAAAUGCUGAGACUUGUAAGGGGACGUGGAUUUUGGGGCUGAAGCAGGGAGUUGGGGAGAUCCAGAGGGCUCUGCUGUCACUGGGGCUCUAGGAUGGGGAGCAGGAGGCCCCAGUUCUGAUGGCUUCUCCCUCCAGGGAGGCAGGUAUGAAUCAGGCUGACGCCUUAGGCUCUGCAUCAUCUCAGAGAAACUUCAAAGUGGGCACGGUCCUGUGCCUACUAAGAAGGCAUGGGAAGUGCCCAGGAGGGCUGGGUGCUGAAAAUCCACAUGCUGGUCUUCAUCUGGACAGCUCCACGCAGUCUGGCCUUGGGCAUAUCACGUUGCAUCCUAGGCUGUGGUUUCUGCAGUUGCAAAAUGGGGUGCACGAUUUGCUACCUCAGGCUGUGCUCUCUGGGAACCCACCCUGUCCCUCCCCUGGGACAGUGGUGUCUUGGUGCUUCCCGAGGCCUCGGCUGUUGUCCUCUGUAGACUGAGCUGUCCAGACACAAAGGUGAGCUUGGGUGCCUGGCCUUCUUCUCCCCAUAGCCUGGCCACACCCUGCAGCUCCAAAAACAAAGACAGGGCCUGUUUCUUCAGGUGCUCUGGAAGCUGGUUUUAGGAGACCCGAGAAUCCUUCACUUGACCCAAGGACCCUGGAUAACCACCAGUGGGGACUGCCACAGAACUGUCUUAUCUUGGAGACAUCUUAGGGGUGUAGAAACCAGGACGUUUCCUAGAGCUCCAAGUAGGAAGAUGUUUGGGGUUAAAGAUUCUUUGGCCCAGGGAGGUAUUUCUUGAGGGUUCAGCUGCCCCAGUACGCACAUGCAAGAUUCUGCUUCUGAGUGUAGGAAAUGUGUCCCAGACUUCAGUGAGGGGACAUCAGGGCAAGUGUCUUUUAUUUGGUUUCCCCUAAGAGUCAGAAUCCACUAAGCAGCCAGCCAGCCAGGCGGGCCUCCGGGGUGGUGUUCUCAAGCCAGUCAGACCCUGGGCCAAGCCCGUGGGCAGAGUCCCCCCAACGGGGCAGCAUGCAGACCCCACUAGCCGACGACAGCACUGUACCCCGUGCUUGGUGCCCCCGUCCUCGGUGAGGAGAGGGUGGCCCGGGGGCUGUGUG